AUGUGCUGGCAAGAGGUGGUGCUGAAGCUACGGCAUGGACAUUGGGCACAAAUCACACGGGCGCAAAUCACCUCACCUCACCACUGCACCACUCCCUGCUACUCGCGUGCUAAGAUUUCCUGGCACGGUUCAGCCCUCCACACCAUCAAUUUCGUGGUGGAAGAAAAGUACAAGGAAGCUGCUAAAGCAUCGAUGGUGAAGCGUCUAGUGUUCCGAGCUCGCCUGAAGGAUGAUGCCAUGAGUUGGUACCAACGAUUGGAUGCCGCUACUCGGGGUGACUGGGUGUCGCUAUCCAAAGCUUUCGAGAUCGAAUACAAGCUCGAGGCAAAAGCUGAGCAAGAUCCCAAUAAGUACUUCAACGUUUUGUCCAACCUCAAGCAAGGCCGGAAGCCCAUUGCACAAUACGUCGCUGAAGCAGAGCACUUGUACCGCAAAUGCCCCGAACCUCUCAAGGACUACAUGGGCAAUCAGUUUGUAGCAGGCAUUGCUGAUGAUAGCAAGUUGGAUAUGGUGCAGUUGUACCUAGCAUCGGAGACCAAGAUCACCUUCCCGCUUGCCAAAGCUGCUGUCAUCAAGGCAUACAGCAGAAUCGGUCGAGCCAGUCCCUUCGAUGUGGAAAGAACCGUUGCCAGUUCUAGCAAGCCUGAUGUUUCACAGGGUGAGGUCAAUGCGGAGUUGCUAGAGUUCUUCAGGAGCCUCCGAGCCACCCAGAAGCAGCAACCAGUCGUGAACCAAUACGUGCAGCCGUUGCCACCUCCGCCACAGCAAUUAGGAGGGUACCGAAAACCAGCUCAACAGGAUCAGGGUGGGUACCGGAGCUACCCAAGAUCGGGGAUCUCUGAUGUGAUCUCCCACAACUGUCUAGCACCUGGCCAUUUUUUCACGAACUGCCCGGAGCCACAAGUGAACUUCAAGCAGAAAGGUAUCAACAGAGCGAAGGUCGAAGAGAUGAAUGCUCCUAGCAAAGCACCUCCGUUACCACAACAGGCACCAGCUGCUGCAGUGGCCCAACGCUUUCAAGAACAUCUGUCCCAAAGAGCGGAAGGUCCUCUCCAUGAAUUUUCGGUAGCAGCCACAGCAUCCAGACCGAAGGUCAGAUUCGAGGAUGUAGACGACGACAAGGAGAAUCAAGCUUACCACGAUGGUGUGGCUGCCUCAGCGAAUCGAGUACAGAAGCAACCUGCCAAAGCUGAUAGGCAACAACCUCGCCGAGCUGCUAGGAAAGUGGCUGAGCGUGUAAUGUCGGGUCCUCCUGAGCUACGAGGACAAUUCAAUCGAGUGGAAGAUGUCACCGAUGAAGUAGAGGUGGAGGAUCGUCAAGCGCCAGAAGCAACGCCCUCUACCUUGGUUGAUGAUCAAGCAGGGCCUGUCAGUCGAAUGAAACUCCCCUUGCCACCCGCUAUGAGACCUCAGCCGACCGUGGAAGAAGUUCAGGAUCAACAGUUGCCACAUCAGCCCCGAGUGCCUAGCAGACCUCAGAAUAAUGCUCAGCGUCCUCCAGGGGUGCGAUUCAUUGACCCUCCGAUGCCAUCACUACCACCGUCAUUGGAACCUCAGCGUAAGUUGAAUCGUCAACGAGCCAUGGUAGAGACUUACGAGGCUCAACCCCUCUCGUCUUCGGAGCCUCAGCACGAUGGACCUCAAGAGACGGUUGCCAUCAACAUAGCAAAGGACAGAGAACGCUUCCAAGUCUCCCAAUUCCUUAACGCCCCAGUCACAUUGCCAAUCUGGCAGCUGCUAGAUCGCUCACCCCAGAUCAGAGCGCAGCUAGCACGAGCGAUGGCGUCUUCCAAACCUUCUCGGCGGGGAAGGAAACUCACCACAGUAGCAGCUCUGAUGUCGGCGAAAGAAGACAAGGCUCCUGCUGUGAAAACUGAAGCUCAUGAGGAAGAGGAAGUUGUGUGCCUGUACGUCAUGUCAUGGGUUGGAGUGACGCUUAUAAAGAAGACCUUAGCAGAUACGGGAGCGGUGGCGGAACUUAUCAACCCCAAGCUGGUCAAGCAGGAUGUAUGGGCUCCUGUCAAUGUCGCAGGAGUUGUAGCAGUGAUUCGAGCUUUCAUUCUGGGCAUGGGUGAUAUCUACGACAUUCUUCUCUCAAAGCGCUGGAUGAGACGUGUCCGUGCGAUCGAGGACCAUGGAGAAAACACUCUUACCAUUCGGAGCAAGGAUGGUGUCAAGCGGGUUGUGCAGGGAACUGAAGCAGAGUCUCUUAAUGUUGAGCUCGUUGAUGAACCCUCGGUCGAUGAAUGGAGGACCGCUUUGGCUGAGGAUGAGAUUACUCGGCUGGCAGAUGAGUUGGACGGCAAGACAGCAGCUGCAUCCAAGGAUCCUACAGGCUCGUGCCGAGGAGAAGGACCGUUCGAUGCUUUGCUAGACCGAGGGCGUCUCAAGGUUCCUGCCAUGGUGCCUGCUUGGAGUUCGGGAAAGGAAUUGCGUCAGUAUAGCAUGGAUGCAGCAAUUUGCGAAAGUAAACCAAUGUCCUUAAGGACCAUGCAUGGAUUUCCGACUAAACGAAGACCUCAAUUGCGUGAAAUGAGUGAUGCUAGCCAAGUUGAAGUGGACAAAUGGUUUGCGGAGAGUGAGAUCACCAUUGGUGCAGUAGCAGAUACCCUGGAACGGAAGGAUGCUGCCAAGAGGCUCAUGUACACCUAG